AUGGCUGAAGGGAGCGAGAUCACCUUGGAGCUCUUCUCAUCUCUGAAAAGUGCUUCUGCUGUCGAGUUCCGCAUCACGACUCCUGACCAGACACCAGAAGAAGCAGAAGCUGCUAUAAGAGCACACGCGCGAGAUCUGCUGGGAAUAAAAGCGCUUUUGGAUACAGAGUCGUGGAGAGAAGCGCAGCUCGCGCUUCGCGAUGUUCUAUUCUCUCUGAACACUGUGUGCAGCGUGAUCGGAAUGAGGAAAACUGUAAACACAUCCGACAAAUUUAUCGUUUUUGUUGCGGGAAUCCCGCAACCUCCACAAGAAAAGUUAGCACACGAGUUUCAGUAUGUUCUGUCAGAAAUUCUAGAUUAUGCGGCGAGGGACAAAGACAAGAAGCGAGUGCACGAAUGCUAUAAUAACAUUGCAGCAACUCUAGAUGAGAUCUUCGAGAGAAUAUGA